AUGUCAAUACGAGUCCAACAGGCCGAGGCCAGUGCGCUGCUCAGAGAGUUGAGAAGGGACGUUGACAAAAACGUGUCUAACCACGAACAACAUGCAAAAGCCUUGGAACGACUGAAGGUCCUUGGGAGAGAUGCAAGAAACGUUUCCGAAAUAUACGACAGAGCUGGAAUCGACACCUUGGGGCAUUACGCAUUUAACGAGCUCCCCAACCCAGUCUAUCAAGAAGCGUUAAGAUGCCUUGCAAACGCCCUGCUUCUACUACCCCAAACUCGAGAAUCUGCAAUCGAACUUGAUCUUGACAAAAGGGCAACACAGAAACUUCAGACAUCUUCUUCGGAUGACGAGUUCCUGUUAGCACGGAUCCUAUUCUUAUUGACGUAUGCUCCUACCAUGAACCUUGAACCACUCAUCCUUGAGCAAGAUAUGGCCAAAAGCAUUGUCAGAUUACUCUCUCGUCAUGCAGACAAUCUCCCGAAGAAACAUGACAUAGCUACCACGCUCGAUCAGAGUAGUUCUAUGGCACUCCAGGAGACAUUAAAAUUGUUAUUCAACGUCAGCAGUGCGAAGCCUGAGCACGUUGCUAAGUUCAACCCGGCUGUGAGGCCGUUGCUACUCAUGCUAGAAGGAUUACAAGUUCCUGAUCCACCACUACAACCACCAUUGAGUCUGGUUUUGAAUGCUCUAGCAAAUCUAGAAAUAUCCGACGGGAGUAUCGAUGAAAAGGAAGAACUCCGCCCGGCAGUAGAAAGACUCACAAAAAUCCUAGAUCAAGCGGUCCAGCGGUACUCUUCGACCGAGUUGGAAUCAUUAGGCGUGCCUUUAGUGACGAUCUUGAGAAAGGUCAAUGAGAUGGCAAGUGGAGAUUUGCGUGAAGAAAUGAAGUCCAAGUUCUUGCCAGAUGAUGAAGAAAGGGAUCAACCACUUGGAAAGUCGUCCACAUUAGCGUCGCGUCUGUUACGCUUGACUACCUCGCCAGGAUCAUUACAUCUGACAGAGGCAAUAUCGGGAUUGCAAUUUGAGCUCUCCGACAAGGACGCCAAUGACUAUGUCAAGAAUGUUGGCUACGGUUAUGCAGCUGGGUAUCUGAUGUCUCACAAGAUUCCGAUCCCGGAAAGCGCACAGGGAGCAGGGGACAAAGUGGCAUCCGGUGGUAUCCCAACUAAUCCCAUAACUGGGCAGCGACUUGAUAAAGAACCCCCGAUCGAAGUUCCAAAGAUGUCACAGGAAGAAAAGGAGCGAGAAGCGGAACGAUUAUUUGUUUUAUUUGAGCGCCUUAAAGCAACAGGGGUGGUGGACGUGAAGAACCCAGUGGAAGUGGCCAGAGAUGAGGGCAGAUUUGAAGAGCUCAGCGACUCGGACGCCGAUUGA